AUGGGAUGUGCAUCUGCUAAACCAGGUGAUGUAAACGAAUCAGAAUAAAUUUAAUCAUCUAAAACGCAUUCAAGAAAUCCAAGUUCAGCUUCUUUAAGUCUGACAGAAGUCAAUAAAUUAUACAGAAGAGGUUUAUCUACUGAUAUAUGAAUUAGCCAACUAUCUCAUUAAAAAUGAAAGGUUUGAUGAAGCGAUAAAGUUAUUAGACAGAAUUAUAGAGACUGAUCCUGAAUUUAUUGAUGCUUAUUAUUCUAAAGGUUAAUAAUUCACUUAUUUGAAUAGGAGUUAUUGAAUUGCACAAAAGGAAUUUGGAAAAUGCAAAGAAGUAAUUCUAACUUACUCUCGAAAAAUAACCAAAUCAUGCUCUUGCUCUAAAUGAAAUUGGUUUUUCUAAUAUUUUAUAAAUUAGCCAGCUUUUUGAUAAACGAAAAAAAAUAUAAUGAAGCCUUAACUUACUUAGAAAAUGGAUUUUAGAUUAAUCCCAACAUUCCAGACUUAAAUUAUGGUUUAGGUAAAACUCAAUUAAAUUUGAGGUUAUGUUUUAUCGAGAUUAGAAAGAAAAGAAGAGGCCAUUCGAUAUUAUGAUAUGGCGAUAUAAUAGGACAAAAUCUAAAAACAUUAUUACAUCAGUAAGGCGACCGCUCUAACAGAUUUAAAAUAAUUUGAUAGGGCUCUGGAAUCUAUUUAAAAUGCCUUAAAAAUUGACUCAAAUUACAUCGAUGGAUAUUAGGCUCAAGGUAAUUUCAAAUACUUAUAAUUAAGCAUAUGUAUACAAUUAAUAAAAACAAUAUGAUAAACUAGAACAAGUUUGUGAUACAAUUUUAAAAUUAAAUGAUGAAAAUUAAUUCGCUCUAAAAUUUAAAAGAAAAGUGCAAAGCAAUUUUUAAAAGUAAUCACAGAUCCAAUAAGCCGUAAUGACCGUUGAAGAUUAGAUGAAGGAAGGUUAAAUCAAAUAAUAAGAUUUUAGCUUAAAAGUUAUAAGAAGAAUAAAAGCACACUGAAGCUUUGAACCACUUAAACUAAGUUUUGGAAAAAAACUCGGCACAUUUAUAGGCAUUAAAAGCGAAAGCUUCAAUAUAAAUUGAAUUAAAGUAAUAAGCCGGCUCUCUUAUAACAUUGAACUAAAUUCUCAGCAUUGAUCCUAAUGAAAUAAAUGCGCUUAAAGAAAAGGGUAUAGGAAUUCAUAUUAAUGAAAAAUAGUGAAAAUCUUAGAAUACAUGAACAAAGAUGAAGAAGCCUUGAAAUGCUAUGAUCAAAUACUUGGUAAAGAGAAAAGCUUUGAUAUAAUGGAAAAGAAAGGUCAAAUUUACAUAUUAAUUUAGCCUCCAUUUUGAUUAAGCUUAAUAGAAUUCAAGAAGCAUCUGAGAUUUAUGAAUAUUUAUAUUCUUAAUCAAGCUUAGAUGAUCCCAAGAUAUUUAUUAUUAGAGGUAAACUAAAUGUUUUAUUCAGGUAAGUUACUUUAGGCACAAAAAAAAUAUGAAGAUGCCAUUACCUUUCUUAAUGAUGGAAUUACUAAAUUUCCCUCAAACAUAGAAAUUUUAAAUCUGUUAGCACUAAUUUAUAAAAUUACAAUGAAAGUAUAAUAAGAGCUCGAAACUUAUGAAAAGAUUUUGGUUAUUCAGCCUUAAAAUGAGCUCUGCUUAUAUGAAAAAGGUCUCAUUUAUUAUAAUGAUUUAGGUUUGAUAUUGUUUAAUUUAAAUAAUUUUAGUGAGUCAUUAGAGAUAUUUAUUUAGUUGAACAAAAGUGAAUACGCUAAAAAUUUACAUUAUCAUCUUGGAAUAUGUUACAAUGAAAAAAAGGAAUACUUCAACACAUUAAAUCACUUAAAUUAAUAUGUUAAAUCAGGAAAAGAAAAUUUAGAGAAGGUUUAUUUUAUUGUAAUAAUUUAAUUUCAUUGUAGAUGGGUUCAGCUAACCUCUUUUUAUUGAAGUUUGAUGAAUCUAUUGAAAGUUAUUAGAACUGCAUUAAAAUUAAUCCUAAAAAUGCUGAAGCACAUUAUCAACUAGGAAAUGUGUAUAAGUAAGAUAAAUUAUUGGAUGAAGCCAAAGAAUCAUUUGAAUAGGCUGUGAAAAUUCAACCUCAGAAUAAUUUGUAUAAAUAAGCAUUAGGUAUAAUUAUAAAAUGAAUACUUUAGACAAUUUAAUAAAUGAAAAAUCAUUUCUACAAGAAUAUAGAAAUAGUUUACUGUUUACAUUGAUUACAUUUAUUGGAUGUUGUUAAUUGGAUCCAAAAUCCUAAGAUUUUGAGAAAAUGUAAAAUCAAAAAUAUUUAACGCUAUUGACAUUGAUGGAGGCUCAUUUAAAAAAAAGAUUCAACACAUUAGAGAAACACUUCGAAUAGAUAAAAUAAUUAAUUGGAUAAUCCUAUGAUAUGAAAUUAACUUUAAUUGAUGAUACAUUAUUUCCCAUUAUGUAAUUUUGGCAUAAUCAAAAGAUCUGUAAAAAAAAGAAAGAUAAUAAUGACUUGGUUGUUUCAAUGAUAAAUUCUGUCAAAUCAAUUAUUAACUCAAAUAAUGAAAAGAUUUUAACUCUGAUCCAAGAUGAGAAAUCUUUAAAUAAUCGAUUUUGCCUUGAAUUUUUAUCAAAAUGUCAACAUGAAUCAUAUUAAAACAUGAGUGGUAAGAUAGGAUUGUUAGAUGGAAUAAAAAUACUCGGUUUCUUAAUAAAAUAUCACAAAGAAUUCACUUCUGAGAGUAAAGGUUUUCCUGAAUUCAUUGCAGAUAAAUACUUAGUUGGUGAAAUAACCAAUUUUCAUGAUUCAUAUUAUCAAUAGAAUGCUUGA